CAAUUAGCCCUAAUAAUCUCAUUUAUAUAGUAUAAUUUAUAUUUAUUUAUUUCCUUUCCCAUCCCCAGGGAACCAAUACACUUUGACCUCCCCAUUAUAUAUUGUCACUAUUUUGAAUAUUGCUGAAUAUAUAUUUAAUGACAAACAUUGAACAAGUCAGUAGCACCAAUCUGAGUGACGACUUUUGACUCUAACGCCAAUCUACUAAUUAAUUUUAUAAAAAUCUCACUCACCACAACUCAUUUUGUUUCACUCGCCCACACAUACAUACAUACACUCAGAGAGAGAGAGAGAGAUAAAUGGAGAGAGAUGGUGGUGGAGAUUCCACCGGAAUAUUCCCAUUAGACGGAGAAAAUGGCGUGAUAAAGGAUGUUGAUGCGGGGGCUCUCUUUGUCCUGAAAUCCCAAGGUUCAUGGUUGCACUGCGGCUACCAUCUGACGACGGCUAUCGUUGGGCCGGCCCUCCUAAGUUUGCCGUUUGCUUUCACCUUUUUGGGAUGGAUCGGAGGAAUUAUUUGCCUUACUUUUGCUGCUUUCAUCACAUUCUAUUCCUAUACUCUCACGUCCAUUGUUUUGGAGCAUUAUGCACAGCUUGGGAAGCGCCAACUUCGUUAUCGAGAUAUGGCUCAUCAUAUUUUAGGGCCUGGAUGGGGCCGUUACUUGGUGGGCCCACUUCAAUUGGUGGUCUGUUAUGGUGCGGUCAUUGCCACUACACUUCUUGGUGGGCAGCUCCUCAAGUUUAUCUAUGUAAUAUCAAGAGAAGAAGGGAGCAUGCAGCUGUACCAAUUCAUCGUCAUGUAUGGAAGCCUAACCUUAAUCAUGGCACAAAUGCCAUCCUUUCACUCUCUAAGGCACAUCAAUCUUCUCUCCUUACUCUUAUGUCUUGCUUAUAGCGCCUUCACAGCAGCUGCCUCCAUAUAUAUUGGAUAUGAUAAAGAGGGUCAACUGGAAAAAGAUUACAGUAUAACCAGUGAAGGACUAAAUCGUAUUUUCGGUGUCUUCAAUGCCAUCUCAAUAAUGGCCACAACCUAUGGGAACUCAAUUGUUCCUGAAAUACAGGCCACCAUAGCACCUCCAGUGAGGGGGAAAAUGUUGAAAGGGUUGUUGUUGUGCUACUCUGUGGUGGUCUCCACCUAUUACAGUGUAGCCAUUUCUGGGUAUUGGGCGUUUGGAAAUGAGGCUAAGGGCCCUAUUCUUUCAAAUUUUAUUGGCGCCGAUGGAUUGCCCUUACUGCCCAAAUCCUUUCUUCUUAUCAUCUGUGUCUUCACUCUUGUGCAGUUGAUUGCCGUCACUUUGGUACAACGGAAAUUUGCGGACCCGAAGAAGGACCAAUUCUCUAUGCGCAAUGCUAUUCCGCGACUCAUUUUUCGAUCAUUAUCAGUUAUCGUGGCCACAACUUUGGCGGCCAUGCUCCCUUUCUUUGGAGAUAUCAUGGCACUUUUUGGGGCAAUUGGUUGCAUUCCUCUAGACUUUAUUUUGCCCAUGGUUUUCUAUAACGUCACCUUUAAGCCCUCUACAAAAAGCUUUAGUUUUUGGGUUAACAUUGUUAUUGCAGUAACUUCCACCGUGUUGUGUGCGGUAGGAACAGUUGCAUCGGUGAGACAAAUUGUUUUGGACGCUAAAACGUAUAAACUAUUUGCUAAUAUGUAA